UCCUCCUAUAAACCCUCUCUCUCUCUUUUGAUUAGAUGAAGAAAUUUGAAGGCAGCUGAUAGCCUUCGUUUGGGGUUUUGAGAAAGAAGAAGAUGGGGAUUCAAGGGCUUCUGCCCUUGUUGAAAUCGAUAAUGGAGCCAAUCCACAUUAAGGACUUGAAGGGCUCUUGUGUGGCCAUCGAUACCUACUCUUGGCUUCACAAAGGUGCCCUGUCCUGCAGCAGAGACCUCUGUAAAGGCAUACCCACUUCCAGGCACAUUGACUACUGCAUGCAUAGAGUGAAUCUGCUUCGGCAUUACGGUGUUAAGCCUAUAAUUGUCUUUGAUGGCGGUCUUCUACCAAUGAAGGGUGAACAAGAGAACAAGCGUGCAAGGGCAAGAAAGGAAAAUUUUGCGCGUGCUAUUGAGCAUGAUUCCAAUGGCAAUUCUUCUGCUGCUUAUGAGUGCUACCAGAAAGCUGUUGACAUUUCACCUUCUAUUGCCCUAGAGUUAAUCCAGGUGUUAAAGCGGGAGAAUGUGUCUUAUGUUGUGGCUCCAUAUGAGGCAGACGCACAAAUGACCUUCUUAGCAGUCAGCAAACAGGUGGAGGCAGUCAUCACUGAAGACUCUGAUCUAAUACCAUUUGGAUGUCCUAGGAUUAUCUAUAAAAUGGACAAAUUUGGGCAAGGUGUUGAGUUUCAGUAUUCAAGGCUACCUCGGAACAAGGACUUGAGCUUUGCAGGGUUCACAAAACAGAUGGUUCUGGAGAUGUGUAUUCUUAGUGGUUGUGACUAUUUGCAGUCAUUGCCUGGAAUGGGACUUAAAAGGGCACAUGCACUCAUUAAAAAGUUCACAAGUUAUGACAAGGUUAUUAAGCACCUGAAGUACAGUACUGUUUCAGUUCCUCCCCUAUAUGAAGAAUCAUUCAAGAAAGCAAUAAUGACUUUCCAGCAUCAACGGGUUUAUGAUCCUGUUUCUCAAGAUAUUGUACAUUUGUCUGAUUUGUCUGUUGAUGUUGAAGAAAAUUUGGACUUCUUAGGACCAUCUAUACCACAACAUAUAGCUAAAGGUAUAGCAGAUGGGGAUCUUGAUCCAUUUACCAACAUGCCAUUCCAGCAACAGGAAGAGAAGAUUAGUGCCAACACAAGUUCCCAACCCAAAAAUGUGAAUUUUGGAUAUACAAAGAAAAAGCUAGAUUUGCCUGUGCAGAAUAAUCUUCUGACAAAGUACUUUUGCUUUGCUUCUCUUGAAGCAAAGAGAAAAUUCAGGGCACCACGAUCAUCACCUGAUGAUCCAAGUCCAAUUUCUAGUUCUAGUCUCAGCCCAGAUGAGAAUACCUCUGUGGAUGAUGCUUUUGGUAAAACCAACUUCUCAGGUUCUUCUCCCGGUCUAGAAGAACAUGUCUCUGUGGAUGAUGCCGUUUGUACAACAAAUUACUCAGAGCCCAUUCUGCUUGACCCUGAAAACAUUGGAAAUACGCCUCCUAGUGAUUCAGUAGAAGAUGGUUUUCCCACUGAUUUAUCAGAAUCUCCAAAUGAUGAUAUGGCGGGCAAGACAAGAAGUCCAGAAAGUACAUUGUUACAACAACCCAUACAUUCAAUUCACAAACCCUGUUUAACACUGCAUAGGGAGCGUGAAUGUAAGAAUGCCCAAGGCACAUUUGAGGGUAAAACAAGGACAGAGAACAGAAAGGUCAUUGUAAGAAGUCCUUAUUUUAAGGAGAAAUCAAACAAUGAAAAUAAGCAGGAAGAUAAACAAGAAAAAAUCUUGUUGAAGGAUUCUCUUGGCAACAAUAUGCAUGAUAAUGCAGAUCCUGAGAGUGCCCCUUUCGGGAAUAGCCAUUUCCCUAGAAAACUUGUGAAAAGGAAAAACUCCCCAAAUGACAGCGUUCAAGAGGACAAUGGGAAACCCAAACAAAUGUGUACUAAUGCAUCACUACCUGAUAACGGUCCCUCUGCUUCCAGCCAUGAAGCAACAUUUAAGGACACAAAAACUGAAGAAGGAAGAUUUGGAUCCAACAUUUCCCAUUUGGGUCGUUACUCUGAUAUAGCAGAGAAGUCGAUGGAAAAUUUUGUUUCAGUAAUAUCAUCAUUUAGAUUUGGCUCAUCUGGUUCUCGUGCAAGUGGCCUCCGUGCUCCUCUGAAAGAUGUUCGAAAUACUUGUACCAAUAGGACAACUGUUGGUGCUGACUUUAGCCAAUUUGAAUACGUACCAAAUAAUCAAAAGACAAAAACAUCUCGAAAACGAAGAAUUUAGGUUGCUGCAAAACACUUUUACUUGCAGUAAGCCAGCAAUUGUUCUGAAGGCAACUCUGCUUGGUGACUGAUUCGUCGAAGACCAAUUUUGGAGUUCAUGAGGUUUUUGGUGAAUCAAGAGCGCUGUCAUGAGUUGAAUAUCACUGUGUUCUUCCUUUUUUCUUUUGUAUAAAAAGCUUAAUGAACUUGAUUGCCUCUGUAAUAGUUCAUCUGUUGUAUCAACAUUGUGAUAUUGCAUCUCAUACAUGAAACGAUUUUAGCGCCAUUUCUUAUAAUAUAUGAACUCGA